CAUAACUCAUAAUUCGACUAGGAACUCUGUCUCGUCUCUGUCCGCUGAGUCCUAAUUCGACUAGGAGCCAGUAUUGACGUCGAAACCGACUGAAAUCGGAAACAACAGAACCGAAGCGCCUUCAUAUGCGCGUCCUCCUCUGUCCUUUGGUUAUCGUUGAGGGAGUCGGCGACAAAGGAAGGCCAACCCUAUGGAGCACCAGAAGAAGGAAGCCAUGAAGACCUUGGAGCAAGCCGAAGAGUUGUUUAAAGCCAACGAUUUACAAGGCGCACUGACGCGGGCAGAGAAGGCUCGAGGCCUCUUGCCCUCCCUUCCCGGUGUCCUUAACGUGCUAGUCGCCUACCACGUCCAUGCCGCUGCCAGGGAAAAAAAGCUACCGUCCGGGGAGACCGACUGGUACUAUGUCCUCUUCGUCCGACCGUCGUCCCACCCGGAGGUGAUCAAGAGGAAUUACAAGAUCUUCCGCCUCCUCACCCACCCCGGCAAGAACAAGUAUGCCGCCGCCGAAGGUGCUUUCAAGCUAGUCGAGCAAGCUUGGAGAUGCAUAAAUUCUUCCACCACCAGUCCGGAACCCCAAAUCACAACAUCUCGUCGACAUCCACCACCGCCUCCCGCUCGGUCUGGCGAUGCCAAACCGAAACCAGCCACCAGGAAUUCUGAUGGCAAUUUGGUAUGUCCGCAUUGCCAAGCAGAGUUUGGUUGCAACAUUGCAGUCGAGAGCCCUGUGCUUUGCAAGUGCCAGAGCUGCUACGGUUGCGCCGUGAUUACACCGGAAAACAAGUUCACCGCUUGUAGACACGGUUUGCCGCCUCGACAUGAAUGGACUUCUCCUCCCUCUCUUCGUCAUCCUUCUCUUCCUCCUCGGCCAGGCACAGCACAAGCCACCUCCUUCACUCAGCCCUCUUCGUCGCAGUCGAGCAUACCGAACUUUCUGCUGUGCCCCUUCUGCGCGACUCGGAAUAGCUACGCAGUAAUUGAUGGCCUCUGCCGCAUCACUUGCAAGCAAUGUGGCGUUCCUUCUUCCAUCAAAAUGGAUGGUGCCUCCUCCAACAAAGGUGAUCAAACUGGUGCUGCCUCGCCGCCGAGUUCGCAAAUCGGCAUGGUAAUGUGCCGAAAGUGCUGCACUCCGUAUGACGGUGAGAUACCGAUCGGCCCGCGGAUCCUUCGGAGGUGCAAGCUGUGUGGUUCAUGGGCUUCCAUCAAGCUGGAGAUCAAGCAAAUCACUGUUUAUGGUGAUCAGCGGCGCACACCGGCUGCCGACCUGCCGAACCAAACUACUCCUGUGGUUCCAGGUAGUGGUGCCAAGCCUUCAGAUUCGCCGACUGCCGGAGAUUUGGUUCGUUGACCCUAUGUGU